GCUGCCUGGCGGCGGAAGAGCCGAAGCCCACCGGCCGCAGACAUGGAGGGGCCGGAAGCCGGGGUGCGAGCCCCAGCGCUAGAGGCCCUUGCCAAGCUGGCAGACAUCAUGGAGCCCAUCGGCCGGCAAGAAGAGGCAGAGCUGCCGGCCCAGAUCCUGGCGGAGUUUGUGAUGGACUCCCGGAAGAAGGACAAACUGCUCUGCAGCCAGCUUCAGGUAGUAGACUUCCUGCAGAACUUCUUGGCUCAGGAGGACGUUGUCCAGGGACUAGACCCCUUGGCUUCUGAAGACACCAGCCGGAAGAAGGCACUUGCAGCCAAGGAGCAGUGGAAAGAGCUGAAGGCCUCCUACCAGGAGCAUGUGGAAGCCAUCACAGGUGCCCUGACCCAGGCUUUGCCCACGAUGGUGGAGGCCCAGAGGAAGCGGGCGCAGCUCCUUGGAGCCCUGGAAGAGCUCCAGGCCAAGAAGCAAGUGGCCACGGAGAGACUGAGAACAGCCCAGAAGCAGUGGCAGCUGCAACAGGAGAAGCUUCUGCAGCAUCUGGCAGAAGCCUCUGCAGAGGUGAGGCAGCGGCAGAGAGGAGCUCAGCAGGAGCUUGUGCAACUGUCUCAGGAGCUUGGAAGUCUGCAACAGCAGGCAGAGCAGAAGCGGGACACGCUUCACAGGCACCAAACCUUCCUCCAGCUGUUAUACACUCUGCAGGGGCAGCUGCCGUUUCCUGAGGCAGAGACAGAGCUGCCACAGAUGCUGGAUCUUUCUAAGGAUAAGCCCCAGAAACAGAACCCUGGGGAUACCAUAGGGGAAGACAGGAGUAUGCUGUCCAAGGCUGAUGGCCCACAGCCUGCUGGAGAUCCGAGCUCACCUGGGCUUCCUGAGGGACAACAACAUGGGAAAGGAACCUAGAGCAGGUCACAUUCUGGACUCUUGAUGUCCCUGGACUGCAGGAGUCAUUUAUUGGAGUCAUGAAGACACAUGGACACUAUGGGAAAUCUUUCUCAGUUUAUUGCAGUACUGACCACUGUUUGUGGUCUGCUGUUUUUUAUGAGUGUUCAGUUUAUUUAUGAAGAAGUUGAAUGGACAUCCUGGCUCAUUUUAAAUUUUGUAUUAGGAGUGGAGUUCAAAUUUAGCGCUGUCAAAAAACUCAAGAGAUGUUUGCUUCUUGGAUGUUGUUAGUUGGACAGUGUUAAAGUUCUGCGACAAGAACAGUGCACUUAUUUUAUUUAGUGUCAUUUGAAGCCUAUCUAAUAUUUCCUAGGUGGUUAAGUAUAUGAAAUGAUAUAUAAUACAAAUUAUAGAAAAAUUAAAAAUCUAAUGUCUUCCUCCAGGCAUUAUUGUCUUCACAGAAGUAUAUAUGCCUGGCAGAAAUGUGCAUGAGGAAUCUCCUUCCUUGUAACAAAUCCUCCAGAGAAUUAAAAAAAGUUUCAUACUUUAAGUCCUCAGUCCCUUAAAUUGCAAUGUCUCUAACCCCUUGCGGCGUUUGUAUUAACAUUGAACUUCACAUGUUUCUUUGACCAACUGUCUCAUUGAUUUUAUUCUUCUUAUAAACUGUUACUGCUCAGACUUCAUCAGCAGUGGUUGCUUGCUUCUUUAAUGAUGGUUUUUGCUGAACAACUGAAAUUUGGGAAAACAGAGAAACCUGAACCUGCUAAUCUCUAUUUAACCUCUGUUAUCCUAAGUAUAUCUGGCAUGCGAACAGCCCUGUGAAGGCACCCAGAGGCGCUUUGAACAUUGCAUUUGCCUUCAUGAAGUGAUCUUUCAAAAAUCCACUUGAAAUUCAUGGACCAAGAGAAUGAAGGACUGAGAGAAGCAAAUGAAACUCCUGUGGUUUAAUCAUAACAAACAAUUCAAGUAUCCUUUGAGCACAGACAUCACUGACAAUCUAUGACAGUGGGUUUUAUGAUGUGAAUUUAAAUGAAAGCUUGCUUCA